ACGUUUCAAUCAGCCGCCAUAUUAGGAAGCCAAACCCCUCUUUCAUUCUGUUAAUAAAGACUGGCUACACUUCCAGGGUAGUUUUCGGAUGUGACCAGUUGUUGUUGAGCGCCUGAAUAUAAAUCGCGAGAUCUGCAUAAGCAUUAUCUAGGUUUAGUUUGUGUACUGUCACUCGUACGGGUUAUUUAUCUACUCUUCCACAAUGGCGACCGCGACUGCAACUCCGACCGGCCAGCGAAGCACGUGCGGCAGCGGUACGCCGCUGAGCCCGACUAGGAUAUCCAGACUUCAGGAAAAACAACAGCUCAGGGACCUGAACGACCGCUUGGCCGUUUACAUCGACAAAGUCCGUAGUUUGGAGUCUGAAAAUGAUGUACUGCACCUGCAAAUUAACGAAAAGGAAGAAGUGAGGAGUCGGGAGGUAACCGGACUGAAAGCCCUGUAUGAGACUGAGCUAGCCGACGCCAGAAGGUGUUUGGAUGACUCCUCCAAGGAGCGGGCCUGGCUGCAGAUUGAGUUGGGAAAGAUCAAAUCUGAGCAUGAGCAGCUUCAGCAAAGCUACAACAAGAAGGAUUCUGAAGCAGCUGGAGCCCAGGCCAGACUGAGGGACUUGGAGGCUCAGCUGAACUCUAAAGAGGCCAUGCUGGCUACAGCACUGUCUGAGAAGAGAGGUCUGGAAGCCACACUGGCUGACCUGCGAGAACAACUACAGGAGCUGGAUACAGGUCUCACUCAGGCCAAGAAGCACCUUGCUGAUGAGAUGCUGCUGCGUGUUGACUUGGAAAACCGCUGCCAGAGUCUGACAGAGGAAAUGGACUUCCGUAAGAACAUGCAUGAAGAGGAAGUGAAGGAGGCCAUGCAGCGGUACGAGACUCGACUGGUGGAGGUGGACUCUGGGAGGAAAGAGGAGUAUGAAUAUAAACUGACUGAGGCCCUGGCUGACAUGAGGGCUCAGAAUGAAGAGCAGAUCCGGAUUUACAAAGACAACAUGGAGAGCACCUACGUGGCCAAACUGGAGGAUCUGCGUCAGUUGUCUGAGAUGAAUGGGGCAUCGGCCAACAUGGCCCGCGAGGAGCUGAACGAGUCCAGCCUGAGGAUCGAGAGCCUUACGGCCCAGCUGUCAGGACUGCAGAAGGAGACCCGCAAUUGGCGCGAUCGUAUAGUGGAGCUGGAGGCAACUUUGGCUCAGGAGAAAGACGCAAGCCGCAAGCUGCUGGCAGACAAAGACCGCCAGGUGGCUGAGAUCCAGGCCAAGAUGCAACAACAGCUGAAUGAGUACGAACAGCUGCUGGAUGUUAAACUGGCUUUGGACAUGGAGAUCAAUGCCUACCGCAAACUUUUGGAGGGAGAAGAAGAAAGACUGAAGCUGUCUCCCAGUCCCUCAUCUCGCGUCACGGUAUCUCGAGCCUCAUCCAGCAGCCGCAGCGUGCGCACCACUCAGGGAAAGAGGAAACGCAUUGAUGUGGAGGAACAGGAAGCCAGCAGCUCAGUGUCCAUCACUCAUUCUGCCUCGGCCUCAGGACCCAUCUGCGUUGACGAGAUUGACACUGAUGGCAAGUUCAUCAGCCUUCAGAACAGCGGAGAUGAGGAUCAGGCCAUGGUGGGUUAUGAGGUGAUUAAGACGAUUGGAAAUGCUGUAGCCACUUACAAGUUCACACCCAAAUAUGUCCUGAAGGCUGGCCACAAAGUCACGAUUUGGGUGUCUGAUGCAGGUGUGAGCUCUAAACCUCCCACAGACCUGGUGUGGAAGAACCAGACCUCCUGGGGUUCAGAGGAAGAUGUACAUGUGGUGCUGAUCAACCCUCAGGGAGAGGAAGUGGCAAAGCGAACCACAACAUACAAGACAGCAGGAGAACCGGGUGAGGAAGAUGACAGUGGGAUGGAGGCCUCUGAGGAAGACCUCGUCCACCAGCAGGGAGCUCCUCAAACUGGCAAGAGAGGCUGCACCAUCAUGUGAUCUCACUGACCAACCAACCAACCAGCCAGCACCACCUCCUCCUCUGAGCCCAGCCAGUCUGCUGCCAACUGUAAUUCUACAACUAUUUUUCUAUCUUUUGUAGUGUGUUUGAAUAAAAUGUAUCGAGUUUAUCUUUUUAUUUCUCACAGAAAUGCAGACUUUUUGUAGAUGACAAACAAAAAUAACAUGGUUACGGAACAAAAUGUGUAUUUGUAGUUCAGUUCUUUAAAAAAAAAAAAAAGAAAAAGAAAAAUUUUAACAAGUAGCUAAACUCAAGAUGGGCCGUCUUUCAGAAAACAAUUACUUUUGCUAUGUUAUUUUUUAAAAUCUGUUUUAAUUUUGUUAUUUUAUAUUUGAUAUUAUCAUUAUUAUAAAUGAUAUAUUUUAGGCUUUUAAGUAAGGUUGUUUUAAGACAUUUGAUGUUUUUUUUAUUUUUGUUUUUUGUUUUUUGGAUUUGCUGUAAACCUACUGUAUGAUAUCAAAAAAUAAAAUAAAAAUAUAAGUAGUACUAAAAAGGACAAGUACACUAAAAGUUCAACAGUAACAGGAGUUCAUCUAAUUGAUUACCUCCUCCCAUCAGUGGUCAAAAUGCCAUUCUUCUAGUAUCUUUAGGGAAAGAAAACAAAAAACAUGAAAAGCUUAAAAUACCAAGAUUGUAUGAUUGUAUCCAUGAGGAAGUCAGCAGACAUUUAGGUUUGUUAGCAUUUGUUGAGUUACCUUAAAGCCCCAUAUGUGUGUCAUUUGAAACUUUGGCAUUGGUCACACUGUCAUGUCUGAUCUUUUUCUGCAAAUAAAAGCUUGUGCCAUCAGAACAAUCUGACAGAUGUUACAAUCACACUUUACACCCGGAGGCUGUAAUGUAAUUGAAUGCAGCAAGUUAAAACCUUGUGGAGUAAGUAUUGCACCACUAAGAAGUGCUGAUUGUAUCCUUUUGAUAUUUGAAGUGCUUAAAGUACCUUCUGUAUUGGUGUGUUUAUUAUGCAUGCUAUCACUGUAAUCUUUGUAGUUCAUUGAGUAAAUGUUGUUCUCAUGUAAA